UAAAAGGAUAACUUAAAAUAAACUCAGCUGAUUUUAACGUUGAAAAAGUGAGAGAGAAAAAUUUUUAUAAACAAAAAUUAAUAAUUACAAUUUAUGAACUAUAAACAGAGCUGUGAUAAGUAUUAAAAAUUUACAAAUGCUAAUUGUUUGUGAAUUUUCUGGAAAACUUAAAAUUUUCUGGAGAUAAUUAAAUUCUAUUUGUGUUUAAUAAUGGCUGGAAAUUUUUGGCAAAGUUCACAUCACCAACAAUGGUUAUUGGAUAAACAAGAUUUAAUCAGAGAAAGACAAAUUGACAUGCAACAGGGAUUGAAUGAAGAGGAAUAUCAGAAAUUAUUUAUAUUUUUUGCUAACUUAAUUCAAGUAUUAGGAGAGCAAUUAAAAUUAAGACAACAAGUAAUAGCUACAGCGACUGUUUAUUUCAAGCGCUUUUACGCACGAAAUAGUUUAAAAUGUAUUGACCCGUUAUUAUUGGCUCCAACAUCUGUAUUUUUGGCAUCCAAAGUCGAGGAAUUUGGUGUGAUAUCAAACAGUCGUUUAAUAACCACAUGUCAAACAGUUAUAAAAAACAAAUUCAAUUACGCCUACGCCCAAGAGUUUCCCUACCGGACAAAUAAUAUUCUGGAGUGCGAAUUUUAUCUCUUGGAACAUCUCGACUGUUGUCUGAUAGUAUACCAGCCGUAUAGACCGCUGCUGACUCUGAUUCAAGACGUUGGGCCUGACGAUCAGCUGCUGACUUUGGCGUGGAGAAUAAUAAAUGACAGCUUAAGAACUGACGUUUGUCUUCUAUACCCUCCUUAUCAAAUAGCCAUUGGAUGCUUGCAAAUUGCUUGUGUAAUUCUUCAGAAAGAUUUGAAGUCCUGGUUCGCCGAACUUAAUGCUGACAUGGAGAAAAUCCAAGAGAUAGCUCGUUAUAUUAUUAAUUUAUAUGAGCUUUGGAAGACUUAUGAUGAGAAAAAAGAGAUCCAGGGGCUUCUUGGGAAAAUGCCGAAACCCAAACCUGCGCCAUCACGCUGACAUGAGGACGAAUUUGGGAUUUAUGAAUCUUCUUAAAUGCAUUCAUCACUCAUGUUGUAUAAUAACUGGACGACCAUAAUCAUUCUCAUUAUUUAUAAACCAAACUAACUGUGAGUAAGUAUAUAAAUAAAUUUUGUUAG